UCUGCCAAGUUCCUUCUCUCGGUUAUCCGCAUUGGGCUUAACCGAUUCCUCGCUUUAUGUAACAUUAAUGACGUCUGGCGGCUUUUGAUACCAAAAGAUCCCUAAAAAACGACACCCGCUCCGCUACAAAGGAUUAAAAGACCGCGUGUCCGCUAUGUUCCUUGCAAAGGGUUUCCGGUAACUGGUCAUAAAGCUGUUAGCUAGUAGCCUUAGCAUUAGCGUAUGCUAUCCAACGAGUUCGCCGGUACAGGCGGACCCUCUUCUUUGUCUGACAGGCGAAGGCGUGCUCUUUGUUAGGGCUUUCCUCCUUUGUCCAUUCGGGAAAGAGGAACUGUUAGGCCCGGCGUUACGUAGCUAUCCGCAUCGCUAACGCGGUUAGAAAAUGCAAGUCGCGAAAAAAUACUUCACAGAAGGCCUGAUUCAGUUGACCAUCUUGCUGAGUUUGAUUGGAGUUCGUGUGGACAUCGACCGCUACUUAAGCGGCGACUAUUCGCCUCUCAUUGAGAUCAAUUUGGGUCCGAGCUCAGCCUACACCCAAACUCCGUUCCACAGUCCGAGAGACACACUCGGGGGACACGCCGUGCACCCGAAAUGCCCCGAGUUGGAGGAUUUCUUCGCCAGUCGCCGGCUGCUCGACGAGGUUAGGACACUCGGUUCUCCGCGUUUCCCCACAGAGUUGAACGCAUGGCUGGUGCACCAAGUGUCGGCCAUUGACAAGUCUGACGGCGGGCAGCCUUCGACGAGCACAGACGCCGACGCGGACCCUGAAAGCUCCGAGGAUGACGGCCAACACCUGCACGACGGCGACCAGGAGCUGCAGCCGUCAUCUCCCCCAGCGGGGCCCUGUGUGACCGGGGUCAACAGGGUUAUAAAACAGGAGGAUGUUGACGUGAAGGAGGAGGAGGAAUCUGCUCCCGUCACUCAACUGGCGCUCAGUUCCACUCUGGAACAAGAGAGCGUGUUGGAAGGCAUCACUUCACUGUCAGAGCCCCCCCGACAGCCCCCUCCUGCAAGUGACUUUGACCAGCACUGGAGCCGCUUCCUGUCCAUGCCCGUCGCCGACCUCGAAGACUUGGACUCCCUUGUCACCGAGCGCCUGUCAGACUUUGACGCAGACGUCACGAGCGGCAUCAGCCUGGAUGCCACCUUGCUGGACGCCAUGGUUACCAGCGGCGGAGCUUUUGACGGCAGGCAGCAGAGAUCCUUAUUCCGACAGGAGUCCACCGGCUCCUCGCUCUCCGACGCCUCACCGGGGAUGGCUCUGGGUCUGGCGGCGCUCCCCUUCGCGUCGGUGUGCAGCUUGUCUGGCGGCGGGUCGUCGCGGAACUCGCCAAGCGACUGUCUGGACGAGGCCAUCUUUGAGCAGAUCAACCAGCUGGGCCUGGAGAGCCUGGACACCAUAGACUCCCGGCUGAUGGGCGCCUCGGCCGUCUUGCAACCACAGGCCCUUGAGGAUUUGGACUCGGACUCUGGUCUCUCUUUGGAGAGCAGCUCUGGAGGUCCAGUCUCCCCAGGCUCAUCGGAGAUGUCGUCGUCAUCGUCAUCGAGUUCGUUCUGCGAAGACGAAUGCGGAGCCACGGGCUACAGCAGCGAGGCGGACUGGUUGCCGUCUAAAGGCUUUCCGGACAUGAGCGAGAGCGUGUGGCACGACCACAGCUACUCGUCUCCCGCCUUCUUCAACCCGCCGCCGCUCACCCUCGCCCACAAAGGCAUCAAGGAGGAGCCUAUGAGCGACGACGAAGGGCCCGGUCUGGAGGAGCGCGAGCUGAGUCGGGACGAAGUGCGCGCCCGCGCCAUGUGCAUCCCCUUUUCCGUGCUGCAGAUCGUCAACAUGCCGGUGGAGGAGUUCCUGGAGCUCAUUGAGGGCCACGGCUUCACCGCCGAGCAGGUGACCCUCCUCAGGGACAUCCGCCGGCGCGGCAAGAACAAGCUGGCGGCGCAGAACUGCCGCAAACGCAAACUGGACGCCAUCACGGGGCUCCAAGAAGAGGUGGAGCGGCUCCGGGCUCAAAGGGACCGGCUGCUGAGGGAGAAACAGAUCACGGCCAAGACCAUGGGCGCCGUGGGCCAGCAGAUUCGCCAGCUCACUAGAGACGUGCUGGCUCGGCUCAGAGACGAUUCGGGACGAGCCCUGGACCCGGACACGUUCACCCUGCGGUGCGGGGCCAACGGGAGGGUCCUGGUUCAGCCCGUGAGGAGGCCCGCCGUCUCGGCGGCCAGCGGCAGUAAGUCGGACAAGAGGAAAAAGGGCAAGAAGCAGUGAGGCUGCUUUUCUUUUUUUCAAGGUGGACUUUCUUGGCUGUGGAAUAUCCUCUUACAAAAGUGUGUGUGUGUGUGUGUGUGUGUGUGUGUGUGUGUGUGUGUGUGUGUGUGUGUGUGUGUGUGUGUGUGUGUGUGUGUGUGUGUGUGUGUGUGUGUGUGUGUGUGUGUGUGUGUGUGUGUGUGUGUGUGUGU